AUGGACAGGAUCGUGAUCGCGACAGCGAUGAAAGGAUUCGAAAUGGAGACGAUCAUCGCGGAAAGGGUGAUCGAGGCAGAGAUUCUGAAGAGAGGGGCGAUCAUGGAAAAGAUGACGGGAAAGAUGUCGGACGUGGAGGAAAUGAAAAAGACCAAGACCGCAGCCACGGUCAUGGCCAUCGACACCACGGAUCGUCGAAAAAAGAGUAGCGACAGCGACAGUGACUCUUCCGACGAAUCGGGGCAUAAGAAACACCGAAAACACCGACAUCGACAUGGCCAUAAACAUCGACAUGGACACAAGCAUCGACACGGGAAGCAUGGCCACGGCAGCCACAGCCACGGAAGG